UUCCCCUUCGGGUCCGCCGCCGCCGGGCGCCAUGGAGCGAGGAGGGGAGGCGGCGGCGGCCGAGGGGAAGGCGGCCGAGGGGAAGGCGGCCGAGGGCACAGAGGAGGACGACUUCGGCUACCGGCUCUUCCCGGACCGCAACAAGAAGCCGCAGAGCUUCCUGGUCCGCAGCCUCUUCACCUUCCACAACAGGUGCCAGCUGAUGCUGAGGAUGACCCUGGACACGAAGAAAUUGAUUGCAGCAAUGUUUUUCUAGAUCCAUACGCUCAACUUCUUCUUGAGGCUAUGAAGCAAUCUGGUUGCACUGUCUUCAAUGACCGGCACUUUUCCUGCGAAAACUGUGAUGGUUGUGUCAGUGGAGGUUUUGAUUCUGCCACAUCUCAGAUUGUUCUGUGUCAGAACAACAUUCGCCACCAAUCCCAUAUGAACCGGGUGGUCACGCAUGAAUUGAUUCAUGCUUUUGAUCACUGCCGUGCACAUGUUGACUGGUUUAAUAAUGUCAAACACUUAGCAUGUUCAGAGAUUCGAGCUGCUAAUCUCAGUGGAGACUGUACACUGAUGAAUGAAAUAGCCAGGUUUAAAUUUGGGUUAAAAGGACACCAUCAGGCUUGUGUACGAGACAGAGCAAUUCGUUCCAUUCUGGCUGUUAGAAAAGUUAGCAAAGAAAUGGCAGAAAAAGCUGUGGAUGAAGUUUUUGAUGCCUGCUUCAAUGAUCUGGAACCUUUUGGAAGAAUCCCGCACAGUAAAACAGAUGCAAAACGUGCUUAUAGAGACUUUCAGAACAGAGAUCGCUAUAAUGCUAACUUGUAAGGGAAAAAAAACCUGAAAAAUUAUGUUAAUAUCUGAUUGUUCUGCAACGUCUGGAGUUACAGUAUAUGCACACAGUGCUGGUGGAAAGGGCAGUUCUAUCAAAUGUGUCGGUUAAUUUCGUAAACUUUUUCCAGGAGCCAACUUCCAUGGAAGUAAACAAAGUAAAUGAACAAGACAAAAACCCGUGUUUCCUCACCUGCUAUUCCAGUAACAUAACUUAGUACACCAAAUGACUUGUCAAACAAUGAUCUACACGUUUCAAUGCAUAUUUAAUUCGGCGCAGUCUGCCUAGGACGUGGUUUCUAAAAGUUUUGUUGUUACCGAAUAAAUCUUUUCAUAAAAUCUUUACAUUUCCACCAUCUUUGAUACACAGUCAUAAACUUGAUUUUCAUCGCUCCAUUUUAAAAGGUGGGCAACUGAACUACAGCUCUUCAAUCUAGAUUUAAUAACUAUAUUAAAUUUUCAGUUUAGCCAAACUGCCACAGUUGUUUUUGAGCACCUCCUGAAAUUCUUGGAAUUCUAGCUCGUCUAACAUUAACUUUACAUGUACAUAAAACCUUUUGGCUUUUGGGGAGUUUGACUGACAAUUCUGCUUACCAGAUCAAACCUACAAGCUGUAUAAGCAUUGGCAAGAGUCUGUCCAUCAACUUGAACUUUGCUCAAAAUGUUGGUGUAGCUUACGGUCAUCGUCUUCUUGUUAGGUAAGUCCAUCUGAGAAAAGCAAGAGGCUGCUAGCUUCAUCCUAAGUCUGAGAGAAGCUGUCUUGUUCCUCUGUUAUUUCCAAGUAUAAGGUAUUAUAACCAUCGUCAUGGUUGCAAGAGAACCAUGUUUUCUUCUCUUGAAAUUAAAGGUGUGGUUCAACCAGA